UAUAACUUCGCCGCAGCAAUGGAGAUUGUCGAGUCGAGUGACACUCAUAAUUAAAAAAGAAAACAGUAAUUUAACGUUUUUUUUAUUAAAAGUAAAGUGAUUGAAAGCGAUUUUUAACACACAUAUAAUCUUGAUUUUCAUAUCAAACGGAGAAAAUAUACGAAAUCGCAAUUGAUAAGAAAUACGUCAUUGUCGGCAACAAAAAAAAGGUCGGUGCGCCUUUAAUGAAAAAUAUUCCGAUAUGACGUCCCAAAGGUUAUUUAAUUAUUAAUUAUUUAUCAAUUUAUGUAUCCAGUGUGAAAUUUCAAAAAGUGAUAAUGUGCUUGACUUUGUUGCAAACAAUUAUUUCUUGUUUCUCGAAGUCAACAAAGUGAUAAUUAUAAUAAUAGUGAUCAAGACUUUUCUCGAGUUAAAAGGUAAAAACGGUGAAAAACAAUUUGCAAAUACGCGACAUAUCAUUGAUUAAUUUGUUACUUUGAAAAAUAAAUUAAAAGAAAUGGCUACAGAGCGAACUCCUCUUACGGAUAAAGAAACACCACCACCACCUUACACUCCAAUUGCACCUCAACCAACCUGGCAAUCACCUCCUGGAUAUUAUCCGGCUUCGACAAAUCCUUAUCAACAAGCAUCGACGACAAUUGUCGUUCCUGAAAUUAUUCUCGUUGGUGCUUGUCCUGCUUGUCGAGUGGGUGUUUUAGAAGACGAUUACACAUGCCUCGGUAUUUUUUGUGCAAUUUUUUUCUUUCCAAUUGGAAUUAUAUGUUGUUUAUUAUUGAAAAAUAGACGUUGUUCCCAUUGCGGUGCAUAUUUUGGAUGAAAUUCUCAACUUUGAAAUUGAUAAUUGAAAACGAUAUUUACAAAACCUUGAAAAGAAGCGAAAAAAAACCAAAUUAAAUUACUAUACUUUGAAUAUAAAAUUAUUUCAAGAAAUCAAGAAAUAAGUCCAUUAUUUGAAGAAAAUUCUCUAUUUUUGAUAAAUUUAUUUAAAAAAAUUCAAGAGAUUAAGUAUUAAUAAUAGCAGAGGUUGGAAAAAUUUUCACACAUAUUCAAAUACUCUCUACAUUCCAAUAUAAUUAGAUAGUAUUAUUAUUCGAUAAAUAUUCAUUAAUUGAAAAAGGAGAAAAAAAAUUAAAAAGAAAAUAAAAGCAACCAAGUGCUUUUUUUCAAAGGAAAAAAAAGAAAAUAAUGUGAUAAAUUGAUUCGAAUUUAAAUUCAAAUAAAACAAUGAGAAUAAGGAAAAAUUGAAAACAAAAUUAAUUGAAAUUAAUUUAAUAAUUUAAUAAAUUUAAUAAAUUUAAUUUCAAUUAAUUUAUCGAUUUAUUAAAUCGAAUCUCGAUGAGUUGACAAUAUUCGCUUGAACUGUGUGCCAUAUUUUUUUUUCUUUUCUGUUUUUUUUUGCUAGAAAUAUGAAAUAUCCAGUUAAAGCUCAUGCGAACCAGGAAUUAGAGCAAAAUAUAAAUUAUACAUAAUAUGCGUAUAAUAUUUAAAAGAUAUUUAAUAUUGUUGAUUAGUUUUAUCGAGUUCUAUUAAACUUAAUUUAACGAUUUAUCAAGAUUAUUUAAUUUAAAAAAAAAGUUCCAAUAAAAGAAAAAAUUUUUUUUUAAGAAAAAAGUUUCAAAAAUGAAAAGGUCUUUUUGGAACUUUUAUUGGAAAGAAAAAGGUUUUUUUUAAAUAAUUAAUUAUUUUAAAAAAACCUUUUUGUUCUUUUUUUGAAACUUUUUCUCUUUUGAAACUAGAAUUUUCAUUCUAUAACUUACAAGAAUAUUCAACGUUAAAAAUUAAUCUCAAAUUUACAGCAGGCAAACUUGAAGGGAGCUAAAGUUUGAUUACAAUUUAUCCCACAAUUGUUUAUUAAUGUGCAAUAAUUUUAUCGU